AUGAAUGAAAUUAAACUACUGAAUGAUGAUUGUUCACAAACUAAAACUAAUUCUGAUAUACCUACAACCCAACAGAGUUCGGACAUACAAUUAAAUAACAAUUUAAACUGUUCACAAUCCACUUCUUAUGAAAUACCAGAUAAAGCUUUGCCGCGGGUAGAAGUUGAUUUAUUUUCUGAUUCUGAUAAAGAUUCUAUUAAUUCAGAUAAAUUUAAUUAUGAAGAAAUUAACAUUACUUCGGAAAAUGACGAAUUGGAAACAAAUAGUGUUGAACAUUCAGAUGACCCAAGUGACUGGCCACUAAAAUUAACCGACUCAAUUCGAAUAUCACUUAUAAAAAAAGGUUUUAAAAAAGAUUCAGGUAUGGUCUCUGAAUGUGGAUAUAACGAUUGGCGUAAUUUAACAGGCCAUUUAAAAAUUCACGAAACCUCAAAAACACAAUUUCUUCAUUUUUCAACUUGGCACGAAAUGGUUAUAAAAUUAAAAUUAAAUCAAACUAUUGAUUCUCAUAAUCAACGUAAAAUAGAAUCUGAAAUAAAACAUUGGAGGUCUGUUUUAGUUCGGUUAUGCGCUAUAUUACGUUGCAUGGCUGCGCAAAAUCUUUCAAUCCGUGGAACAUAUCACAUACAUAUAUUAUUUUUGUAUUGA